UCAACAGCGGGGCCGCGACGGUGUUACUGCUAAAGGCUUCCCCCGCCCGGGAGCCGCCGACGGCUCCUGCGGCGAGUCCCGCCGGGAAAGCUGGAGGAGCACGGCCCGGACUCUCGGCCUCCGGCCCCACUCCGAGGUCAGGCCGAUGUGUGCGGUGACGGCGGUGGGGGUGAGGCUUAUGAAGCAUCCAGUGGCUUGGAAAUGAAGUUUAUAACUUCCAGUGGAAACACCUGCUCUUCCAAGGUGAUUCCUGCAUCUGUGGUGUUCUUUGCACCUGGAAAGGCAGAGCCAUGGCUGCGAAUAUCCGGAGGCAUCCCCUGGAGAUUCCCCCACCAUCUGAAAAGGACUGGCCGAAGGAUGAUGAGGAAGAUUUCUUCCUGCAGGAUCCUGAUCGGAAGUGUGAUGCGUUGCCUCAGCCCUUCAGGAUGAUCAACAAAGUGGUGAUGCAGGUCUUUGAGAGUGCUAUGGAAAUCAUUGAGAGAAGGGAGAUGCUCCGAGAAGCACAAAAACGGAAGGUCCAGUCCACAAAAUGCUCUCCUACAGCUGAAUUCCAGGUGACUGGAAGAGCCAAUUGCCUUGCAGUGUCUGGAAAAUACCUCUUUGUUGGUGUGUCUGUGGGUCUGGCUGCCUUCAGCACAUGUGACUGUAAGGAAAUCUGUGCUUGGGAUGCAGUCAAGACAGAGAUCUGUGCCCUCCAUGCCUCGGAUUUGGGGAAUGAGAGCCAUGUUCUGCUUGCUGUGGAUGAAAUGGGGCUUGUCUGGCUCUUCUGCUUUCAUAAGGAAAGCUUCCUGCUCAUUAAAGCCCUAAAUGAAGUGGGGGAUAUCAGCAAGAGAAGCACUUGUGUGGAGGUGGUGCUGUCCCCAGGUGGUGAUUAUGCAGGAGUCCUGCUGCAAGAAAGCACAAAAGCUUGGCUGGAGAUCUACCAAUUGCCUAAGGAUUCCUGGCUGAGGGAGAUGGAAGAGAAAUCAGAAGCUGCAGCAGGGCUGGCUUGCAGUGAGAGGAGGCCAAGCUGUACAUCUGCGGAAACUCAGGAACUGCAUGGAGACAGUUCUGCAGAGAUGGACUUUCCAGUGUCUGCAAACCAAGGUGAUCCAAAGCUGGAUCUCCCAGUGCUGCUGCUGACAGUGAAGCCACCCGAACCCAUAACAGGCAGUAGUUUUGAAAGCCCAUUGGAUGCCUUGAAGGAAGUGGAUGAUGGCAGCAUGCUUGGCUUGGGGUACAAGCACCUGAUCAAGGAUUUCCAGUGGGAGCUGCAGGAAGCAAUCUUCCGUAGCACGUACCGGGAGUAUCUGGAGGCUGAGGGUGUGAUCAAGGAGGAGGUCCCCAGACAUGCUACCUUUCAUUUCCUUUUGCCUAGCCAGGUCCUACAGGUGGGACCUGAUAUGGAAGUACAACCAGAUGUUCCAGCUGGCAUUGGUGUGCACUGGGGUGGAAACCACAAUUUCUGCUUGUACUUACUUAGCCAUCCACUCAAUGAGCAAGUGGAUCCUGAUCUGAAACCUGAUGUUGUGUGGCCUUGUGCAGCUCCAAUUGCAUGCUCGGCUGUCAGUUCCUGCUCCAGGUACCUGGCACUGGCAGGUGAAGAUGCAACAAUAACUAUUUGGGAUAAACACUUAGGAUUCCCACUGUCUGUGACUGCCAUUCUAGAGGAACGUUUCAUCCGUAGUAUCCACUUUCUGCGGAGUUCUGCAGCUGCCAGUGAUGACACACUUUGUCCUGGUACAGAUCCUGUCUGUCUCAUUGUACAGCUUCUCGUGCUAUGUACAGACAGCUCUUACUAUUUGGUGAAAGCACCCAGGGCCGGGAAGUCCAGCAUCACACUCCUGGCAGACAGGCCUGAAGACCCAAAUCUUACUGUCAGUGCAGUGGUGCCCAUCCUGGCCUUCCCCAGUGCAGUCCUGAUCUUCUUCUGGGAUGGCACAGUGUCCCUGAUGAACACUGACACAUCACAGACUGUUUACUGCUUCAGUACUCCACCUUCUCAUGCUGUAGCAUCCCCCUGGCAGCCAGUGUUCACAGUGGAUAGUGUAAAUUCCUGCUUGCUCCUUCGAGGAGAUGAGCAGCAGCAGGACAAUGAAUUGGCACAGAGCAAAGCCAGUCACAGCACCAUCUUCCUUUUUGAUUUCAACCCACUGAAGGAGGCUUUCCCAAAGGAACCAGAUUUGCCUCUCAAAUCCUCGCAGAACCUGCCAUGGUUUGAGAGAUGUAAUGUUUUCUUGCGUGAUAGGCAGCAGAGCCCGCUGGGACUGGAGGAGCCUAAGUACUGGAGUCGUCUGAAGGCACGAGCAGCUGCCAUGGACAAGGAGAAACAAAAAGUGAAGGGACAGAAGAAGCAGUAGCCAGCCUUGCAUCCUGAGGGGCAGGCUCUGCUCUAUCACAGUCCUGUAGAUCCCUGAUCCAGAACUGAUGUUUUGACAGAUACUCUAUUCAAAUCAUCACACUCCCAGAGACCUGGAGCAUCAGAGCAAUAUGGUAUGUUAUUAUUAUAACAAUGACCCUUAAUAAAACCUUUUCUUCAGUAAAAA